CGUUGCAUUGUGGGGAUACAAAUACAGCGCAGAGGAGACAGCAGGGAGCACAAAGGAAUGAAAACAGGACCUUGAAAACUUUUAAUACCUGUUUGGUGUGAUGUAAAUUCAUGUGAGCGUUAAUUAAACUCUGGCUUUUGGCCGCUGGCAGGCUGACAACUGCCUGAGAAGCGCAGGGAAUGUGAGUGAGCGGUGAGAAGCGGCAGGGCGCACCGCUGUAUCCGACUAUCGCUGCUUUUUGUCAGCUGAGCUGUUCGCAUCCUGAGGCCCAGCCGCUAUCACAGGCCUGAUUCCGGAAGGACUCAUUUCCUGUUCACAGUGAGAAACUGACUCUACCAUGGGGGUCAAAACCUUCACCCACAGCUCAACCUCCCAUAGUCAGGAGAUGCUGGAGAAACUCAAUGCUUUACGCAAUGAGGGACACUUAUGUGACGUCACCAUUCGCGUCCAAGACAAGCUCUUCCUGGCACACAAAGUGGUCUUGGCCUGCUGCAGUGAGUUUUUCCGCUCCAAACUUGUUGGCCGGCCUGAGGAGGAGGACAAGUUUGUGUUGGACCUUCAUCACGUGACAGUUAGUGGCUUUGCUCCUCUGCUGGAAUAUGCUUACACAUCUACCCUCUCCAUUAGCACAGAGAAUAUUAUCGAUGUCCUGGCAGCUGCAAGUUACAUGCAGAUGUUUGCUGUUGCGAGCACAUGUUCAGAAUUCAUGAAAUCCAGUAUUCUGUGGAGCCCAGGUAACAACAACAACAACAACAAUAACAUAACAGCAGAUAAACCUCAUGAAUCUGCACCAGAAAGCGCUUCAUCAAACUGUGCCCUGACUCCAUUGGAUGGCAGUGUGUCACCUGUGUCAUCAGACUGCAGUGUGAUGGAGAGAAACGUCCCUAUAUGCCGCGAAUCACGACGGAAACGCAAGAGCUUUGUAACGAUGGCGUCACCUGAGAGUCCACUCAAAUGCACGACACAAACAGUAACCACCUCUCCUCAGAUCCCCAAUCCAUCUCCUUCAUUCUCAGACAGCACAGCCCAGCCUGUCGAGUCAUCCCUGGCCUUCCCUUGGACUUUUCCAUUUGGUAUUGACCGGAGGUUCCAUUCAGAAAAAUCGAAGCUCCCAGAGAGCCCUCGUUGCCUGGAGCAGAGCAUGACAGGGACAACAGAGGUGGUGGUGGGCCGGCGUCUCAGUGAUUUCCUGACAUGUGAAAGCUCCAAGGCGGUGCCGUCACCGGGGCCUGUAGAGGAAGAAGAUGUGAGGGUGAAGGUGGAGCGACUUAGUGACGAGGAGGUACAGGAGGCAUCGUCACAGCCGGUUAGUGCCUCCCAGAGCUCUCUGAGUGACCAACAGACGGUGCCAGGAAGUGAACAGGUCCAGGAGGAGCUGCUCAUCAGUCCACAGUCAUCUUCCAUAGGCUCGAUGGAUGAGGGAGUGUCUGAGGGCCUGCCAUCAAUGCGUACCUCAAACGCUGGAGGACACACGGAGGAUGAAAGGCUGGAAGGUAUUCAGUAUCCAUACCACCUCUAUAUCAGUCCCUCAGCCAGACCCGGCACCAACGGCCCAGAUAGACCCUUUCAGUGUCCCACGUGUGGAGUCCGAUUCACACGUAUUCAAAACCUGAAGCACAUGCUAAUACACUCCGGCAUUAAGCCUUUCCAGUGUGACCGCUGUGGGAAAAAGUUCACACGGGCCUACUCCCUAAAGAUGCAUCGGCUGAAGCACGAAGGUAAACGCUGUUUCCGGUGCCAGAUUUGUAGCGCCACAUUCACGUCCUUCGGUGAAUAUAAGCACCACAUGAGGGUCUCCCGACACAUAAUCCGCAAGCCGCGGAUUUACGAGUGCAAAACGUGCGGCGCCAUGUUCACCAACUCUGGCAAUUUAAUUGUACACCUGAGGAGUCUGAACCAUGAGGCAUCCGAACUAGCAAACUACUUCCAGAGCAGUGAUUUCCUCGUGCCCGACUACCUGAGCCAGGUGCAGGAGGAGGAGGAGGCGCUGGGAGUCCAGUAUGAGCUGGAGGAGUCCCAACAUCACACCGUCUACCCGGGAAGCACCUCCAACUCUACCACCACUGCCUCGUCUUCCUCCUCAGUCCAGAUGCCCGUCAUCUCCCAGGUCUCCUCCUCUACCCAAAAUUGCGAGAGCUCCUCAGGCUUCCUUUCACCUGAGCCCCUGGACCUGGAAGCCCCAGCCUCCCUCAAGAUGGAUGCCGAUGAAACGGCAGCCAUGACAGAGGAGACCAAGUUGGACAACAGUGUGGGUGGCAGUUCCCCAGAGGUGUUUGAAGAAGAGCAGCAGCAGCAGCAGCAUGCCCAGGCCAAGGAGCUGGCAUCCAUUUCCAUAGAGUGAUUCCAGUUUUCUACUUGUCCGUCAUGUCUUAUUUUGCAGUCAUGUCAUAUGGGAAUAUCUGUGCAAAUGACUUGACGGUUCAAAGAGACGACUUGGACAUGAUCACAGGUUGAAACUUCAAUCAUGCAAAACCAUCAAGAGGCCAUGAAGUUUCCUGAGGACAAUGUAGAAGCGCUUAAUGGUUUACAAUACAACCAAAUCCAGCAAAGUAGUCCGGUCAUAUGAUAACAUUUAGAAAAUUAUGUUCAGAAAAUGAUAAUUUCCUUGGCUUUAUUUGCCAUUACAAUAUAAUUUCCUAAACUUUACCACAGCAGUUUCCUGUUAAUGAUUUCAAGAGGUCAAAAAAUCAGAGCUGAGUUUGUCACCAAAGGAUUUUAAGAGGAGUAUAUUUUUUGGACAGUUAUUUUAAGAGGUUUAUUAUUAUUUUCCCAUAUGACGUGAAUGCGACAUUAGCUAAAGUCUUUUUUCGUCCUUGCCAAUUUAAGCUGGAUUAAAUCCAAGCCUUGCCCUACUUUUUGGAAAGUGCCUGAGAGUUCCCAUUUUACCAAGAAAUGUGUAGUAGAAAGAGAAGUCUUGACUUUGCUAAUGGGGACAAAUCAAGUCUUUGCAAACUGAGCUAAAGAAAAAAAAAUGUAUUUCAUUUGUAGUGAUAAUGCUAGUUUUUAUGGGCAGAGACUGUGUUAUUCCUUCAGUGCCGUCACUAUAGGCAAACUGUUAAAUGUCUAUAUUAUCUAUACUGCAAUAGCUUGUACUGUAGUUUUACUAUUUGAAUGCUGUGUAUGUUGGGUGUUGUGAAGUAUGAUAUGUCAGGUGUGUGUAUGUGCAUUUCUUUUAUCAAUAUGAACACAGUACAUUUCAUUUUUAAAUGUUAAAAACUUGAAAUUAUAUUGACAGAGUAUUCCCUUAGACGUUUGUGUGCAGUAUUUCAUUGACCUGACCUAUUGCAACAGUUUAAAAAAAGAUUAUUAUUUCUUUUUUAAUUUUUAGUUUUACUGAACACUGCUGUUGACUCAAAUCCUUGUGGCUCCAGAAGAAACUAAACUCACAUCAGCACUGCUGCUUUUUUAUUUCAAAAUCUAACAAAAUGACACUGAAUUUGAGGUUAAAAACUUUGAUGAAAGUGGAGUUACAGGGCUUUCUUACAGCUGCAGUAAUAUAUUACCUAAUGGUCUCUAAGAUAUGGUAAUGUAGCAUUUCAUCCCAUGUGAAUCAGUCUGCUUUGCAAAUGUUUUUCCUGUUGUGAAGACAGUUUUGUUUUAUUGAUAUUAAUAUCAAUAACAGAGGUGUUGGAUCAUCCUGAUUUUCCAACAGGUAGCAGGAUGUUGCAUGACCGUUGAAGUGGCGUUACACUUAGGUACAAAAUGAUUGUCUUGUUAAAACUUUAAUCUUUGUUUAUGUUUAUUUGCGGCUGAUGAACCAAGAAUAUUACAUCAAGCCCAAAAUGUGUAGUAAGCACCAGCAGCCUCUUUAGGUUUCUUUUACCUUGAGUCGUAACAAAGGGAAAAAAACAAUGUUGUGAACAAUUCCCUGACUAAACUGUACCAUUUACAUCUGCAGCCAGAGUAGCAAGAAGCAGAUGAUAGCAGAUUACAGCAGCCAUCCAAGAUGGUUUGAGCAGAUUUAUUUGGCUUGUAGGUGUUUUGUUAUUAUGUUGCUUUAGAAGCAAAUUGUGAAUGCAAAUACUGUGAAUUGAUUCAUUCUAAAUGACAAACUAAUUGGCAUGAGCUUGUCCUUCUCCUUUAACUCAUGAACACCGUCUGGCAGUUGACCCUACUUAGGUGUUUUGUUUUGUUUUUUCCUUUUGGCUGAUUUUUGGGUCAAACCUCUGACUCCUGCUACCCGUGUUGUGCCAACAUGGUUUAAUUCUGUGCUUUGUUGUGCCUCUGUUUUGCAAACAUAAUAAUGCCCACGGUUAAUAAUUCAUGAGUUGAAUGCUACUGACUGUGACCAGGUAUCCUAUUCAGUGACAUUUCUUUUUCUCCCUGAAAGUAGCGCUCACCGCUCACAUGUAGGAUGACCACAGCAGGGGAUGGAAGAACUCAUACACAGGGUCUGAUUGUAAAUGUAGAGAUUCUUGCUGUGUUGAGGCUGUCGGCAUCAUGGAAAUUCUCUAAAGAGCUGUCAUGCACUUGUGGUCAACCUGUGCCAUCAUUUCCGUCACGUCAUCAAAGUUGUGCCAUUUGCCCUUUUAUCUGGGUACCAAUCAAACUUUUUCCUGAAGGACCAAAUGUUCUCUAUCUCAUUGGGGAUUUGCCAUGGCAAUCAAUAAUUGCACAUAAUAAAAGAAAGAGAUAAUCAUUCUAAGUGGUCCAUGCUAUUAGCAAAGGGUCCCUGCUGUGUCAGCCCUUAAAACACUGUAUGAUGUUGUGCAUUUAAGAGGCUAGCCUUAGUAAAUGGACCUAUUAACUCUACUUGCACAAUAUCAAAAAUUAAAAAAAAAAAAAAAGUUUUCUAUUCUCCAUUUGUAUGUCAUGCUUUCAUCUGUUGCAUUCAGUUUCUGUAUUAAUACAACUUUUUAUAAUGAAGCUGCUGUUUGUUGAAAACCGCAAAAGUGCCCGAAAUAUUUUUGGUGACCAAUGGUGGUGCAAUAAAUGGACAGGUGUUGUUAUAAAGUUUUAAGUCGAUAUUUUGUCUUUUGGAAUGGUGAAUUAUGUAAGAAAAAAAGAUAUGUAUAAUUUUUGUUUUACUUAAAUGUGACUGAAGGUGAAUCAAUAGGAAAAAGACCCCGCGUUAUCUGUGAAACAAAGGAACAAGGCAUUUGAUGGCAAACGACUGGUUCUAUUCAGCUCCUUUCUGUUUGUUUUAUCGAAAGUUGCAUGUUCAUAUUGUUCUGUGAAAGUGGAGAGCAUGUCUUCAUUUGGCAAUGCGUUCUGUCAGGCCUUAUUGUCCGAUGACUCUUCAUCCAGCAUAGCUCUGAUCUGUUGUUCAGCAUGCCCUCUUUUCUGUAUGUUAUCCCUUUAUGUGCAAUGUUUUAAAAAUAUUUCAAUUAUAUACAGGACAUGCCUUUUCAAUGUACACUUGAUGUUGUAUACGUUUUCCAGUUCAUAUGGUUUAUUUAAGACUAGGAGAAAAAAAAGAAAAAAAACAUGGUAGCUCAUCAUAAUGGCAUAUAUAUAUUUUUGGUGACUUUUGUAUUAUGGUUGCUGUUUCAUGGCAUCUUUGGAUAUUCUUGUUAAAUGUGAAUAGAACAGCUUAGUCUGGGAGUUUGGGGGCCUUGGUAGUCUUCACUUUGUGACUGUCUGCAGUGUGUGUAUAUAUAUAAAUAUACAGUAUAUACACUCAUACUAUGUUGCAUAUUCUUUAUACUGUAGGCUACUGAUUACAACCUGCUUUGAGACAGAUGUUUGUAUUUUGCGUCUUUGAUACUGUAUUUAAACUGUAGUUUGGAAAAACUGUACAAAACAUCCCAGAUAAUAAUGCAAGCUGCACAUUGUAUAGGGAGAACUGACGUUUGUGGUGUUGAGUGUUUUUAACUGGAUCAUAUAUCCCGGUUGGCUGUUCAAAACUGACAAAGACCACUCUGUAUUUUGGAGUUUAUGGUUGUUCUUAAUCUUUGCUAGUGUUCUGGCUUUGCAGUCCUGUUGUUAUUAAAAAAAGAGUUGUUUUUGUAAAAGUAUAAAGUGUAAAUUAAAAAAAAAAGUCAGAAUAAGUCA